AUGCGCAGCCGCGCGUGCUCCGCCUCGUUCGUCCGCACCAUCCCCGCUCUGCUUCCGCUUCCGCCAGCCGCACGCUCCUUCUGGCCCUGGCUCCGCGCGGACGCCGCCCUCGCUGGCGCUGCCGCGCAAAUCACCUUAUCCGCGCCGCCCUCGUCAGCGCCGCCCUCACCCGGGGCGCGGUGUCUCUCCGGCGGCGGCGCAGAGCCACUGCGGACGAGCAGCUGCCGGCCUGAGAGGAUCGGCCAGCGGCUGUCAGCGCUCGCGUCGCGGGUGGACUACCGUGCAAUUCCCCCCACUCACCGUGCCUCCCUGUAUACGAAGCGGGAGGCGUGUACUUUCAACCCCUGGGCUGCUGCUGCCAACGCUGCUGGCAGCGGCAGCAACACCAGCGGCGGCGGCAGCCGCGGCAGCAGCGGCAGCAGUGGCAGCGGAAGCAGCAGCAGCGUGGGAGUCACGGGGGUAGCGGGACGGUUGGGCUCUGAGCAGCAUGGGAGCAGUGCGGCAGACACAGCUGGUGCAGGCGAUUUGCCUGAGAGACUUCGCCAGGAGGAACCCGGGGAUGCAGCCGCGUUGCAAGAUGGGGAGGAGAGGGGUGUGGGUGGAGAUGCGGGUGGGAAGGGGGAUGGGAAGGUGGAGGGGGGGUUGCAGCAGGGGCACGCGGGGAGAGACUUAGUGGCGGAGGAGAGGGCGAAACGAAGGCUCGAAGAAGCAGUGGCGGCUCUGGUAGUUGACAGGCGGGCGAGAGAGAAGGUGGAAAGGAAGGUGGAGGUGCUGGCGGAGUAUGCGCACUGGAUUCAGACGGGCGAGGUCAGAGAAGCGGGUGAGGGAGGAUGGCCGGCAGAAGGCGCAGAAAGCAGCAGCGUUCCGAGCAUGUCCGAUCGGGUGGGUGCUGAUGUGUCAGUGGAGAGCGCAGAAGCGAAAGUAGCAGGGGAGCAUCCCGAGCAGCAGCAGCAGCAGCAGGGGGCGGGAGGUUUCGAGUCUUUUCCACCAGAUUUCCGCGGUCCGGUCAAGUUUCCAUUCUCAGAGUUAAUGAGAAUGAUUGUGAAGGAGACGUUGGAGAGAAGCCCAGGUGGAGGCAUGGGGGGAGUGGGAGUGGAAGCUUCUGAGUUGGAAGGCUUGGAAGGUUCUCCUCCUGCCUCUGCCCGCCCCUCGCCUCCCCGCUGCCUGCUCUUCACCCCUGCCGACCUAACCACCAUUACUAACGGAUUCGCCCAGGAGAACUUUAUAGUGAACGGGGAGUAUGGCUCUCUGUAUUACGGCCGGCUGGAUCCGACCAAUUACGGCGCGCCAGCUGGCGGCAGCGGCGAGGGCAAGCAGGGUGAGAGCAGCAGUGUGGGCACGCUGCUCGAUGAAAGCGGCGGAGGAGGUGGCACCCAGCGGAGUAGCGCGGAGGCGAUAGAGGUGGCAGUGAAGCUGCUCCGUUUCUCCAGCAAGCGGGAGGCAAUAGAGGUGAUGGAUAUGUUCACAAGAGAGGUGGACAUUCUGCAGCGCGUGCAGCACCACCCGCACAUCGUGCGCCUGGUGGGCCGCUGCAAGGACCCCCUCUCGGUUUCCCUCGCGCUCGUCUACGAGUUCAUGCCGGGGGGCAGCCUGCAGGAGCAGCUGCUGAUGGCCAAGCUCUGGGAGACCAAGGUGGCUCGUUUCUUCGGUCCAGAGGCUUCCAAAAUGACUCAUGCUGAAGCCGCAGCGGCAGCGGCAGCAGGAACACUUUCGUUACCCCCGCCUCCUUCUCCCGCGCGCUCUUUCCCUCCGCCGCUCCCCCUCCACCUCUCGUGGCGGGACCGCAUCCGCAUCGCAGCCGAAAUCGCCUCGGCCUUGCUCUGCCUGCACCAGUUCCACCCGCCCAUCCUCCACCGCGACCUCAAACCCGACAACAUUCUCCUCGACCAAUCGCGCACCAGCAAACUUGCUGGCAUGGGGCUGUCCUGCGUUGUCCCGUCCUCCUCCUCCUCCCAUCCCGUGGUCAUGGGGAACGUGCGUGGGACGCCAGGGUUUGUCGACACCGAGACGAUUUUUUCAAAGACCACGACGGUGAAAACAGACAUGUAUGCGUUCGGGAUGGUGCUCAUGCUCCUGCUCACCCGCUUUCCGGAGGUCGAGGAUGAGAUUGGGUACCUUCACUUCAUGCCCUCGGAAAUCCGGUGGAACCCUGCGCGUGCUGCUGCUCUUAUUGCGGGGUUGGAGGGCACAGGUACUAACAGUGGCAGUGAGAUUGACGACCGCAUGGGUGGCGUCAGCAGCGGAGGUGUGGGGCAGUUGGAUCCGUCAGCAGGGGAGUGGGAUGUGGGGUUGGCACACCGGCUGCUGGUGGUGGCGAUGAGGUGCUUGGAAAGGACGUCAGAGCGACGGCCGUGCAUGGAAGAGGUGAUGCACGCUGUGGGCGCAGUGGCUAGGGAUGCUGCAGCCUUGGGGGCAAAAGGAGUGGAGUGA